UGGCAGCAAGCACAGGCUGGCUCUGGCAGCCCCGCAGCCCGCGCUAUAAAAGCAGGAACAGGCAGGCUCUCGCUUCAUUCUGAGCUCAGGCAGCUGCUCGGAGAGGAAGGCAGGCAGGCAGGCACAUUUCAGAGUGCUGUGCGCUGCAAACUAGCCUCUCAGCAUGAAAGCUUUCAGUCCUGUGAGAUCGGUCAGGAAAAGCAGCCUCUCGGAACACAACCUGGGCAUAUCCCGGAGCAAGACCCCCGUGGAUGAUCCUAUGAGUUUGCUUUACAACAUGAACGACUGCUACUCCAAACUGAAAGAGCUCGUGCCCAGCAUCCCCCAGAACAAGAAAGUGAGCAAGAUGGAAAUCCUGCAGCACGUUAUUGACUACAUCCUAGACCUGCAGAUAGCCUUAGACUCGCAUCCUAGCAUUGUCAGCCUCCAUCAUCAGAGACCAGGACAAAAUUCUUCCUCCAGAACUCCUCUGACCACCCUAAAUACAGACAUCAGCAUCCUGUCAUUACAGGCAUCUGAAUUCCCCUCAGAGCUAAUGUCAAAUGACAGCAAAGCACUUUGUGGCUAAGUAAAAUGGUGAGUGUGUGUGGCUCUGCUUUUUAAAGAAAUGUUACAAAUAGUUUCACUGGGUUAAGGCAUUUUCCAUUUUGGGGUGGAAAGAGCUGCGUAUGGGAUUGGAUUCGAGACAACUUUUGAUUUAUCAUAAAGCAGGGUUAUCGGAAGAGUCCUUUACUUAUUGUUCCAUGAAAAUUACACUAGUAAUUCAGUUACUAGAUUUAAGUGCAUCCUGGCCUCUCCAGCUGAAGUACCAUCGACUGUUUUUUAAGUACUGGAAAGCAGUAUCAGAACAAUGUCACUCACCACUUGCAUAUAAAUUUGUUAAAACUGUUCCUUAAAUCCUAACUUUCUGGGCCUAAAUAGCUGAUUUAGUUGAGAAUCUUGGCAUAAUCCCUUAAAUUUUGUGAUGUGGGAUUGUCUCCACUCUCAGUUAAAUAAGUGGCUGUUUUUAAUCUAAUAAUUGGUGUAGGAGGCAGACUGGCGCCUCUGAGCAGUGCAUGUACAGAGAUCCAAAUAGAGAUUGGAUCUUUCUCCCCCUCCCCUUGAGCGUAUUUUAUUUUAAUGUUUAAUUUGUGCUCUGGAAGGGGGGUGGGGGGGGAGGGAGAGAGAGCGUGUGUGUUUUGCAUCUGGACGCCAGGGUUUGCCCAAUCUUUGAGUGUUUGGUUAAAUGUUCAAACUGUGGCUUCCUCUCUGGCGCCAGUCUGUCCGGAUCUCUGCCCUGUUAGCAUUCUCCUAAAUACGCCUCUUUUCAAUCUUUUGCAGGUGUUUGCUUUUUUUUUUUUUUUUUUUUUUUUUU